AUGACAAAAUUUAUGUCACCUCCGUAUACAAAAAAAAAAUGCAACGCGUUACAUAAAUUAAUACAAGCUAGGAAAAGUACACCAAAUGAAUGGCCCAAUUAUCCGAUAAAAGUUUUGCAAAGUACAGGUACUUAUACAGAAGCUUUAAUAGAAAUAGAUAAAUUAAAACACAAAGAUUAUAUCUAUACUACGGAUCAGACAGACAUAGAGGAUAAUACAAGUAUAACUAAAGAAAUAACAAAGAAAUCUAUAUCUCCAAUACGAGAUAUGUCAGGCAACUUGUUGACACAUAGAAAGUCUUCGUUUAGUGAAUCAUCAUUCGAUAAUGAGGCACAAGAAUCUUCUUCAUCAGAUGAAUCUAUAAACCAAAAGAUCACAAAGUUCUUUCAAACAACAAAUUAAUAAUAUAAGU